CGUCUUCUAGUCAACUCGAAAUUUUGUUGUGUUUCACAAACAUCCCUCCAUUUUUCAAUAGGAUUUUUGCGGAGGUGGGAAAUGAAGAUUGCGAUUCUGCUUGUCCUUUUGGGUUUGGCCAAGGCUCAAAUUCAAUUAGGAUCACAGAAAAGAGAUGCACUAUUUUGGAAUGCUUAUCCUAAUUAUCCCGUGCUUCAACGAGUGACACGAGCCCAACCGGCCAUCUACCCGCCAGGAAAGACCUGGCCCGAUCAUUACGAACGCCCUUACAGCCCUCAACCUUAUAGCUUUGCGUACGACGUUAAUGAUGGCUACAACAAUUACGGGCAUCAGCAGCAGAGCGACGGUUACGUCACUUCCGGUUCGUAUCGAGUGCUGCUGCCCGACGGCCGCACACAGAUCGUUCAAUUCAGGGCGGACAAGAACGGCUACGUGGCCGAUGUGAAGUACGAGGUGUCCCUUUUCAAGCCGGCCUCGCCGUCUUACAGGCCGCCUGUUGCCCCUGUGUACAAAACCAACGCUGGGCAGGGCAACAAAGCGGCCUGGACGGCCUUUACGGCCUACCAGCCGGCCACUAAGAAACCGUCCUACAAAGCUGAUCUGAUCGCGGCCCUCGGCUAUAAAACGAAGGCGGCCAUGCCUUCCAUCGCGGCCGGUCAACAAGCUGCGAUCGAUCCGCAGUACAAGAGGCCAGCGGCUGUUCCAGAAUACCACAACAGAGAGCAUAAAACAGCGUCGGUUGCAUCCGCUCCGGUCUAUCGAGAUGCCAAUGUUCCAGCGUAUUCACGUCCGGUUGUUGUAACCGUACCGGAGUACAGACCUCCGGCUCCAGCGGCUCCUACCGUUCAAGUUUAUCGAGUUCCAGCCGAUCGGGAGAAGAAGGCCCCAACUGCUUACAAGAUUCCGGCUAAGCCCUCUGUUCCAGUUUACAGGCCAGCAGCUGCACCGGAAUACAAAACGGCUGCCACGCCAGUUUACAAAGUUCCAGAAACUCCAUCCGCCACGUACCGGCCACCACCAACUACCCCGGCGUAUAAGCCAAGAGAAGCUUACACAACUAGCCCUUCUAUCCAAGCCCCUCCCGUUUACGAAUCAUCUACUCCGGCACCCCGUCCAACCUGGACAGCCUUGCGGUAUGCAGUUCCAGAAACGUCCACUGCCUCAUCACACGAAGCUCCUUACAACGCCCCAGCCACAACUGAGUAUCCAGUUGCCGUUACUACCCCGGCCUACAGGCCUCCUGCGCCAGUUUACGAAGUGACGACCGUUCUAGCUGAACUAUCAACUACACCGUCCUAUCAGAAUUACGCUGCUCCCUGGACAGCUUUCAGAGCUACAGAGGCUCCAUACCAACCACCUGUGGUACCUUCGUACGUCCCUUCAACGACCGUCAACAGCGUCCGCCCGUCUUACGAAACAUCAACGCAAACAUAUUCGAACGAAGCGGGACCAACUCCUCCCGACGUACCUGCUGUUUAUCCUAACCCGGAGCUUUCCUCUACUUACGAGCCAUCCGCAUGGACGGAACGGCCUUCCGUUUACGUUCCAGCCGAGGAAACGUACACGACGCCCAAACCAGAAAUCAAUGACGUCACUACUACCGUGACUCCCGUUCCAGCUGUUUACGAAGCCCCUACUACCGAUGCAACUCGAUCUCCGUGGGCUGGAUUCCGGCUCACGCCGGAAGUCCCUUUGUACGUCGCUCCGACCACUUACAGGCCCCUCAAUCCGCCCGUCUACAAAGUGCCGGACGUUCGUGUUUACGAACAGAAAACUUCACCAUCCGGACCGGCGUGGAACGCUUGGACCGCCUUCCGUUCUGCUCCUGCUCGUCCAUCAGCCGGUCGCCCUAGUUACGAAGUUUCAACUACUCCCGCUUACAAAUUGCCGCCACCGUUGAUCUACAGAAAUCGAAAAGCUUAAAAGACAAACCAUUUGUUUUAACUAAAUUUUUUGUUGUGUUUUUUAACAAACGAAACUGGCCAGCUAAACGCGUUUAAUUUGAAAAGCGUUUGAUCGAUGUUUUGACACAUCUUCCUAUAUUGCCCUAUUUUUUUUUUUUGCUUUGUAUACUUUUUGCUCAAAAUAAAUGUUUUCUAAUACUCGA